AUGCCUGGACUGACACCAGAAGAGGUUUUCAGAAUUUUGUAUGCUUUACCAGAAGAUGGAGAAGAUUCAGAUAUCAGUACUGACUCUAAUGAUUAUUCUGAAUCACAAAAUACUUCUCUGAUUCUCAGAAAUAGUGAUAACGUUAUUGUUUCAAAUGAAGACAACUGUUUCAAUCUGACAAUAGACACUAGUGAAAUUGGGAACAUGUCUCCUUGUCAAGCAAGUGUAUCCGAUUCAACCCCAGAAACACCUGCUGCAACAUUUUCUUCUAGUGAAAAAAUGUGGAAUGAGAAUAUUUCCUAUUUUGAAAAUCGUCCACUGAAAUUAGAAGAAAGCGCAGAAAAUAUUGCAAAUUUCUCAAAGUCAGAUAAAGAAAUAAAAUAUUUCGAGUCUACAUUUACAGAAGAGCUGUUGCUUCAUAUUUGCAAUCAGACCAACUUAUAUGCAAGGCAGGAAAGGUGUAUUGUGAAGUCAGGGAAGAAAACAACCAAAGUAUCUUCCAACUGGCAGGACAUUACUGUUCCUGAGCUAAAAGCUUUUUUGGGAAUGCUUAUUUUGAUGGGUGUCCAUCAGUUUCCACAACUCGGAAAUUAUUGGAGCAGUGAUCCUAUUCUUGGAGUAACUGCUAUCUCGUCGGUCAUGACAAAGCUUCGAUACAAAAAAAUUGUUGAGAACCUGCAUUGCAAUGACAACAGCACGUAUGUCAAAAAAGGGAAGCCAGGUUAUGACAAGUUACACAAAAUUCGACCUGUCAUCAGAGCAAUAUCAAAUAAGCUUUGUAAAGUCUACAAACCAUCUUCUGUUUUAGCAGUUGACGAAUGUAUGGUGGCCUUCAAAGGACGGUCAACACUCAAACAAUAUAUGCCAAUGAAACCAGUGAAGCGUGGAUAUAAAGUGUGGUGCUUAGCUGAUGCUAGUACUGGGUUCAUCAUAAAUUUCGACAUCUACACUGGAAAAAGAGAUACAAAUGAUACAUCCGAAUUUAUUUUGGGUGAAGAAGUUGUGCUUACUCUAACAAAGGCAAUGGAUGGCAGCAAAAGGCUCAUAGCUUUUGACAAUUAUUUUACAACACUACGAAUAAUGGAAGAGUUACAGUCUCAUGGACUUUAUGGCAUCGGAACUGUUCAUCCAAACAGGAAGGAUUUGCCUUAUAUGCUGAAAAAAAAUUCCAAGCUUAGCAGGGGAGAAUUCGAAUUUGCUGUCAGGUCAUGUGUUGCAGCAGUGAAGUGGCAGGUUAGUAAACCUGUUUGUAUAUUAUCAAAUUACCACAAUCCCAAACACGUUACAACUAUUUUGAGAAGAAACAAAGAUGGAAGCAGAAGUUAA